GCUUCCCGCAUCUUUCCCCCCCAAGUGGUUCCCACUAGAUCCCGGAGAGCCCUGGUGCUCUCCGGCUCCUUGACUUGUCGCAGUGGGUCCCACCAGACCCGCCUGUGCACUUCGCUUCGGGACGCCAGGCUGGGGCUUUCUCCUUCUGUACACCAGGCAAGAGCCACAUACUCCAUUCGCUUUUUCUUCCUGCAGCGCCAGUCUUCAAUUCUAUUAAGACAAGAUGCCGUCGGGUUUCCAGCAGAUCGGCUCUGAAGACGGGGAACCCCCUCGGCAGCGAGUGACUGGCACACUGGUCCUUGCUGUAUUCUCAGCUGUGCUCGGCUCCCUUCAGUUUGGCUACAACAUUGGUGUCAUCAAUGCCCCGCAGAAGGUGAUCGAACAGAGCUACAAUGCAACAUGGCUGGGGAGGCAGGGACCUGAGGGAGCUGGUUCCAUCCCUCAGGCCACUCUCACCACACUUUGGGCUCUCUCCGUGGCCAUCUUUUCAGUGGGUGGCAUGAUUUCUUCCUUCCUCGUUGGCAUCAUUUCCCAGUGGCUGGGAAGGAAAAGGGCUAUGCUGGCCAACAAUGUCUUGGCAGUGCUGGGGGGCACCCUCAUGGGCCUAGCCAAUGCCGUUGCCUCCUAUGAAAUACUCAUUCUCGGACGGUUCCUCAUUGGCGCCUACUCAGGGCUAACAUCAGGGUUGGUACCUAUGUAUGUGGGAGAAAUCGCCCCCACUCACCUUCGGGGUGCCUUGGGAACACUCAACCAAUUGGCCAUCGUCAUUGGCAUUCUAAUUGCCCAGGUAUUGGGCUUGGAGUCUAUGCUGGGCACAGCUACCCUGUGGCCACUGCUUCUGGCUAUCACAGUACUUCCUGCCCUCCUGCAGCUGAUUCUGCUGCCCUUCUGUCCUGAGAGCCCCAGAUACCUCUAUAUCAUCCGGAACCUGGAGGGGCCUGCCAGAAAGAGUCUGAAGCGCCUGACAGGCUGGGCCGACGUGUCUGAGGCACUGGCUGAGCUGAAGGAUGAGAAGCGGAAGUUGGAGCGAGAGCGUCCAAUGUCCCUGCCCCAGCUCCUGGGCAGCCGCACCCAUAGGCAGCCUCUGAUCAUUGCAGUCGUGCUACAGCUGAGCCAGCAGCUCUCAGGCAUCAAUGCUGUUUUCUAUUACUCAACCAGCAUCUUUGAGUCAGCUGGGGUGGGACAGCCAGCCUACGCCACCAUAGGAGCUGGUGUGGUCAACACUGUCUUCACAUUGGUCUCGGUGUUCUUAGUAGAACGAGCUGGGAGACGGACACUGCAUCUUUUGGGCCUGGCAGGCAUGUGUGGCUGUGCCAUCUUGAUGACUGUGGCUCUGCUUCUGCUGGAACGGGUUCCAGCCAUGAGCUAUGUCUCCAUUGUGGCCAUAUUUGGCUUUGUGGCCUUCUUUGAGAUUGGCCCUGGCCCCAUCCCCUGGUUCAUUGUGGCGGAGCUCUUCAGUCAGGGGCCCCGUCCAGCAGCCAUGGCUGUAGCUGGUUUCUCCAACUGGACCUGUAACUUCAUCGUUGGCAUGGGUUUCCAGUAUGUUGCGGAUGCUAUGGGUCCCUACGUCUUCCUUCUAUUUGCCGUCCUCCUGCUUGGCUUCUUCAUCUUCACCUUCCUAAAAGUGCCUGAAACCAGAGGCCGGACGUUUGACCAGAUCUCCGCUGCCUUCCGCCGGACACCUUCCCUCUUAGAGCAGGAGGUGAAACCCAGCACAGAACUUGAAUACUUAGGGCCAGAUGAGAACGACUGAGGGGCAAGGCAGGUGGAAGAACCACUCUCUCCACCCCCACAGCCCCCUCCUUUCCUCUGCAGCACUUUAGCCCUCUUUUCCCAUUACCUCCAGGAUGGAGAAAACUGCAGCUUGGAGCACUGGGAAGCUGAGGGAAGGGUGGUCCAAGUACCCCCUCAUUCCCCUCCUGUGAUCUUGGAUUAUUUAUGUGUUGUGGCUAAGCUGUGGCCACUCCAUGGGCUCUUCUCCUCUCCUGCCUUCCUCCUGCCCCUACUCAGACUUGGCCCCAGAAUACCUUCGUUCCCUUUAGAGUAGUGGACAUGCAGGAGGGAGGUGCUGAGCUGAAUUCAGUGGGAUGAGAAGGAGCAGACAUGAGUGAUUUCCUACCAACUCCGACUCCGACUCCGCCCACAAUUUGGCACUUUCACUGAAUUCUUGCCACAUAAGAUUCUGGGUGAAGGGGGUUCUGUCUUGACCCCUCCAGGGCAAAGGACACACCCUCCCAAAGUCUAUUCUCUCCUCUGUCUGUCCAUGGAGACGCCACCUUCCAAGGCAAAGGAGCACAACAGCCUAUAUACCUGGACAUGGCAAGGAGUCGUAGCAAGCAUCAGUCUCUAGACAUGGGGUGCUAGUCUGUUGGUCUGUUGUUCCCCAGGGCUGCCAAGUGUGGGUACCAGCUCUUUCUUAUUCCCCAAAAGCUUUUAACCAACUAAGGGCAACAGGGAAUCUGAAAGGCUGCCUAUAGACUGGUUGGGAGGGAGCCUUUGGAUAUUUUUGUAUGUUUUGAAGAACAGCUAGGGAGCAGAAACCCAAGGGCUGCUGUAUUAAAUGUAUAUAUAGAGAUGUAUCCAUAAAAUCACUGUAUGAA